AUGUCCAAAUCUAAUAAAAAGUUAAAAACUUUAACCAAAGUUUCCUCUUCAUCAGUGUUGGAGUUGGUUCAAAAAAAAGAAAAACCAGAUACUCAGGAAUUAAGAAAACCAAACAAUAAUAGUAAUAGAAUAAUAAAUAAUAAUAACGAAAAUCUAAAUAAAACUAAAAAAGAAGAUAUAAAUGGUUCAUUAUCCCAACAACCAAAAACAAAAAUAACGACAUCUGAUGAUAAAAUCAAAAAUAAUAAAAGAAAUAUUGAUCAAAUAGAACAAGUUACAGAUAGACCACCAAAAAAAAUAAAAUCGACUAUUGAUAAUAUAAAAAGUAGUAAUAAUAAUAAUAAUAAUAACAAUAAUAACAAUAAAAGUGAUAUUAGUAAUAUAAAUACUAAUAGUAAUAGUAAUAGUAUUACUAAUAGUAAAGUUAUUAGUAAAAAUUUUGAAAAUAAAUCAACUGAAAUAAAAGCACCAACCAAUACAAAACCAGCCGAAAAUAAAAGCAAUAAUGUUCAAAAAGUAGAAACUAAACCAAAGAAUACUAUUGAUACAAAGAUUGUUGAAAAUAAAAAGUCAAUCAAUAAUAAACCAGCUAAUAUAAAAAAAGUCGAAACUAAAACAUUUGAUAAAAUAGACGAAGGAAAGGCAAUUAGUAAUAAUAAUACUAUAAAAAACAAAUCAAAUAUCAGUACACAAAAUACCAAAACUACAGCAAAUAAAAACAUAAAACCCAAUGAUAAUAGUAAACCAAAGCAAUCAGAAAAAAUAUCAACGGAGAUAGAGGAAAAGUAUGACGUUAUAAAAGUAAAUUCAAACGAACAACAAGUUAUAAUCAACAAUGGUGUAGUUGAUUCUAAAUCACUUAUUAAUAGCAUUUUAGGAAAUAUCGGUAGUGAUUAUGAAGAAUCCAAGGAAAUGAGCGUAGAAGAAGAUUAUAGUGGUUUAAAUUUUGAUUGUAGUACAUUAAGUGAACAAGAUAUUAAAGCACUAAAAGAUUCAUAUAGCAAUGGUUUGGAUAAAGAUAUGAAAGAAAUGGAGAAACAACAAAAAUCUUUAAACCAAAUAAAUGAAUUUACAACCAAUUUUAAGAAAUUUUAUACCAGUGGCGCAUCAAAAGGAACAAACCAAUAUUCAUUGGAGGAAUUUACAGAUAUUAUUAAUAGCAUUUUAAAAACCAUCACAGUUUCUACAGAAUUUAAAAACGAAUACACCAUAUUUUCAAAAGCAGUCAGAAGAUAUUCACAAGUUCAAAAGAAAUUUAUAUCAUUAAAAUAUUUAAGAAUUUCAAACAAAAAAAUUAAAAAUUAUUUUACAUCAAUCGAAUUAAUCAAACAGCUAUUGGAAAAUAUUAAAAAGUUUAAAAGUGCACCAACAAAAGAUUUUUUAGAGGUAUUUAAAGCAUCAAUAAAUCAUCAUAUUGUAGAGUCAAUGGAGGAGGCAUUUUUGGUGAUGGUCGAGGCAGCCAAUAUCAAUGGUGGGAUAUUGUCAGUUGGUCAUUUUGCAAAGUUUACAAUGGUUGCACUAGGUUCAAUGGGCAAGGUUCAUUCAUUUAUGAAACAAAUGAGGACAAAUAUAAACGAUGAUAUGACAAAACUAAAUAAAUUUAUAAAUAAAAAGUAA